AGAAACAGUAGUGCUGAUCCUUCACCUCCUUUUCUCUCACAUAACCACAGCCCUGAGUCCUCUGUGGUUGAAAACGGUGACCAAGUCACUCAGAACACUCCUCCUCCUAUUAACAUGGCGGACAACAAGCGGAAAACUACCUCUAACUCCUCUUCCUUCAACAACAAUAAGGAGUUGUCAGCAGGGAGAGAAGGGAGAAGUAGCAAGAAACAAAGGAAGAGUAAUAAUGGUGGGAGUGGGGUGAAGAAGGGAGAGGAGAAGGAAAAAGAAGAGGCUCCAACAGCAACAGCAACAGGGUAUAUCCACGUUAGAGCAAGAAGGGGCCAAGCAACUGAUAGCCACAGCCUUGCUGAAAGGGUGAGAAGGGAGAAGAUAAGUGAGAGGAUGAAGAUGUUGCAACGACUUGUGCCAGGCUGUGAUAAGGUAACCGGAAAGGCCCUUGUGUUGGACGAGAUCAUCAAUUAUGUUCAGUCCCUACAAAAUCAAGUAGAGUUCUUGUCAAUGAAGCUUGCUUCAGUCAGCCCCUUCUUCUUUGACUUUGCAAUGGACCUAGAUAAUGAUAACAAUAAUGGUCACUUGGUUAGACCACUGGAUCAGAAUGUUCAGAAUCAGAAGAUAAGCAGCAUAGCAUCAACACCAGCACUGGCAUCAGUACCACAAUGCAGCACAAACCAGGUUACACCCUUUGCUGAUACAACCACCAUGACCACUACCACCGGUACCACCACCUUUCCCGGUGCUAAUAAUAAUAACAGUGACUAUCUUUUGGAUUAUUCAUCAACAUCACCAGUUUUUCUACAAGGACAGAGGUCAUCAAAUGUCUUCUCUGAGUAUACCGGUGGUCAAUUCUGGGAAGUAGAAGAAGACCAACGACAAAAGCAGCUUCUUCAUCCAUAUGGACUUGGCAGCAACUUAGGUUCCUUGAAUUAAUACAGUAUCAAAUCCACAUAGCUACAAAACAUGUUGUAUCUUUUAUUAUUUGUUCUAGUUGGUCAGCACAAUGAGUGAACCAGAAUCGUGAUGCAUGAACACUGGAAGACCAAAACUACGCAUGGUAUCACAUUAUAUCAGAAUAGGAAUAUGUGAAAUUGAAGAAAGCUAAGGGGGAAUUCGUGGCAUCAUAUAUACUAUAUGGCUGGGUUCUUGGUUCUUGGUUCUUGGUUCCUAGUCCAUCAGAUUAAUGUGAAAAAACUUUAUUAGUUUGGAAACAUGAUGAAUAAAGUGAAGCAAAAUUAAUGGAUGGAUAUGAAGAACCUGUAGUAGGACCCCAAAAGCCAACCAAAUAAGACCGUAUCUUUUCUCCUAGAUCCCUUGUUAGAUGGUUUUUGACAUAAUGUUGCUCUGGUGCACAAAUUCCAAGAGCCUCUGUAUCAAUGUUGUUACUGAAAUCAGAGGGGGUGAUAUUUAUGUAAUGUAUAAAAUAUUAAAAAUGUUAUGUAUAUUUAUUGUGGUGGCAGUUAUUCUGUUAGUACAGUUAAUUUCACCGUUAUUUAGAAAAAGGUUGAUGGUAACCGGUCAUGUUUUGACAUGACAG